CAUUACUUUUGACUUUUGACAGCUGGUUUGUGAACUCAACUCGCAGUUUUGUUAGUUUUUGUGUAAAAGAAUUCUUUCAACACAUUUUGUAAAACCAUCCUGAGGCGUCAAACUGUUAACAAUAUGGAAAAGCCACGAGUUACAGAGCAACCACCACCAUAUUCCGCCACCGUCUUACCAGGGCCUGUCCCGCAGCCGGCUGGUGCUCCGGGUGCGCCGUACCCGCCUCCCCCACCCGGGUAUACCCCGUAUGGAGUGCCUCCACCUCCAGGUACGGGAUUUGUGCCCAACUAUGGAGCCACAAGUAUUAUCAUUCCACCCCCCAUAAUAGCCGUGGGUGCGUGUCCGGCCUGCCGAGUUGGCAUACUUGAAGAUGAUUUCACGUGCUUGGGUAUCUUAUGUGCUAUUCUAUUCUUCCCUAUAGGAAUCCUAUGUUGCCUCGCUUUGAAAAACAGAAGAUGUUCUAAUUGUGGAGCUCUAUUUGGUUAGACGGAUGACAAGCUUUGUUAAAUGUUUUGAAUAAGAAAUGUUGAAUAUUGAAAGGUUUAUGAAUGGAAUAAUGGUUACUCGUUAUUAUUUACAUUGUUAUUUAUGUUAAAACAUAGUAGUCAUGCACUAGAUUGGGAACAAAAUGAAGUUAAGGAAAUAAGUAAACAAAAAUGUGUCCUUGUUUAGAUAAUUCUUCAUUUUCUAUUUUUACCGUAAAUAAAACUUAGCUCUACAACUAUGUUUUAGCAUAAGUAUGGUCAGUUUAUUUUAUUUAUGUAACAAAUAUACAAAAUACUGAUGAUUAUAUUAAUUAGUAUUCAAGGUCGCUGACCAUUAACAUUCUUGAUAAUCUGUUGAAAUGUGUCCGAUAUAACAAAAGCAACAUCAAAAUGAAAAUGACUCACAGGUAGAUGACAGCCAUUAACUUAUCAAGAAGUUAAAGUAUGUAUUACUCCAUUAAAAAUAUCAGUAAUAGUGAUGAAUAUUUAAAAAUAGACUAUAAGCACAAUUAACCAACAAUUGUUAUAAACUAACUACUUCCACAUGGUUAUACCUCUCUGCUCAGCUCCUAUUGAUCGCAGCAUGAUGUUUUAUAGCCUAUAGCCUUCCACGAUAAAUGUACUAUCUAACACAAUCGAACCAGUAGUUCCAGAGAUUAGAGCAUUCAAACAAACAAAAUCUUCAGCUUUGAUAUAAAACUACUUUUUGUCCGCAUAUAUCACGCUUUAAACUGUCAAACACCAAGCGGUCACCGGUGACCGCAACCUAUUGUUCUAUAAUUGUGUCUACAAAACCGGUACUCGACAAGUUUUGACUAAAACUACAGAUACUUUAUCCUUAAAUAAAUGAAACUCGUGGAUAUUGUUAUCACAACUGUGAGAUAAUAUUGUUUUUGUUAGUAUCACACCACAUUGCCUUAAAAUAUCCAGUUUGAACUGGAACAGCUCCAAUAUUUAAAUUAUAUAUAACUUAUAAAUCAGAGCAAUAUUUAUACAAACAAAAUAUUUUAAAAGUAUUUUUC